CAGCAUUUAGUGUGGAUUUAGCAAGGGCGGCGAUCAUGACCAGACACUAGAAGCAGUCGAGGUAGUGUAGCUUGAUGUAGAUACGCAGCUGUCCAUAUGAGACUGCGCUGCAAGGCUGCGCCGGCGGGAGAGGUGGCAUAGAGCCCGCAAGAUGACAGAGCUGCCGGGAGAAGACAACGUGUCGGGAGAGCGAAGGGCGGUGAUCAGAGCGCAUGUACGCGGACAAGGUGCUCGCGUCGAUAUGGAGUUGGUCAAGGCGCACGCAUAUUUGGGCGAGGCGGGCGCUGGAGCUUGGCCGAGCCAGAACGCUCUUGACCUACGGAGCUGUCCAACAUUGCGCUCUUCGAUGCUGACCCCUCCUCUCUCUUUCCACUGUCCCAUCGCUGUGCGGACAGCUGGCUCGUCUUGGCUGACCAAGUCUGGCAAGCGGGAGACUUCGCGGCUGCCUAGCUUGCGCAACAACAGCCGGCUCUCUUCACUGAAGUGCUGCUCGAUCAUAGUCAACAAUCGCUGCCACGAUAAUCAAAUCAGAUGGUGAACUACCGCCAAGUCGCCGCAGCUGAUCGUCUUCACAUCAUUCCAUCUGCAACUUGCCUUGUCGAAGAUUUGCGACUAUUUGCUCGUCUCGCACAUCCCUGCACCGCC